CUCCUCUCUCCACUUAUCUCCUCCAACCUCUCGAAGAUUCCCCCGCCAUCUAUAACACCAAACACCUUCCUCUCCCAACAAAAUCUAACUUCUCACACAACUCUCUCUCUCUCUCCACAAUUCUCUCUCUACACGUACGCACACUCACAAGUACGGAGAGAAAUUACUGUUAGAUACUCCCGCAGCUUUAAUUUUCUAGGUCUACGAUUCGAUUUUGUACACAGAGGGAAGAAGGAAAUGGCGGCAUCCACUGCCCAAAUUCACGCUACCUUCUUCUCUCCCACAUCGAAACAAUCCACCACCAAAUCCCCCCGAACCGUAUCCUUCGGACGGCGCCCGACGCAAGCUCGGUUAAGGAAAAACCGAGCCGGUGGACCGGUCCGGGUGGUGGCGGAGAAAGUCGUCGGAAUCGACCUCGGCACGACGAACUCGGCCGUGGCGGCGAUGGAGGGGGGGAAGCCGGUGAUCGUGACGAACUCCGAGGGGCAGAGGACGACGCCGUCCGUGGUGGCGUACACGAAGGUGGGGGAUUUAUUGGUGGGGCAGAUCGCGAAGAGGCAGGCGGUGGUGAACUCGGAGAACACGUUCUUCUCGGUGAAGAGGUUCAUCGGGCGGAAGAUGUCGGAGGUGGAUGAGGAGGCGAAGCAGGUUUCGUACACGGUGGUGAGGGACGAGAACGGGAAUGUGAAGCUGGAGUGCCCGGCCAUGGGGCGGCAGUUUGCUGCUGAGGAGAUUUCGGCUCAGGUUUUGAGGAAACUUGUGGAUGAUGCAUCAAAAUUUUUGAAUGACAAAGUUACUAAAGCUGUGGUCACAGUACCUGCUUACUUCAAUGAUUCCCAAAGGACAGCAACAAAGGAUGCUGGUCGUAUUGCUGGCUUAGAAGUUUUACGAAUUAUCAAUGAACCUACUGCUGCUUCACUGGCAUAUGGUUUUGAAAAGAAGAAUAACGAAACCAUUCUGGUAUUUGACCUUGGAGGUGGUACUUUUGAUGUUUCAGUUCUUGAGGUCGGUGAUGGAGUGUUUGAGGUUCUCUCUACUUCUGGUGAUACACAUCUGGGUGGCGAUGACUUUGACAAGAGAAUUGUGGAUUGGCUUGCCACUAAUUUCAAGAGAGAUGAAGGCAUAGAUCUUUUGAAGGACAAGCAAGCUCUACAGCGCCUAACUGAGACAGCAGAGAAAGCAAAAAUGGAAUUGUCAACUUUGACACAGACAAAUAUUAGUCUCCCUUUCAUUACAGCCACAGCAGAUGGCCCCAAACACAUAGAAACCACCAUUACAAGGGGAAAGUUUGAAGAAUUAUGUUCAGAUCUGCUUGACAGGCUUAAACGACCUGUUGAAACUUCAUUGAGGGAUGCAAAGCUGUCUUUCACCGAUCUAGAUGAGGUGAUCCUCGUUGGUGGAUCAACACGUAUUCCAGCUGUUCAAGAACUUGUAAGAAGAUUGACUGGAAAGGAGCCCAAUGUUACCGUGAAUCCCGAUGAAGUCGUCGCCCUUGGUGCUGCAGUUCAGGCUGGUGUUUUGGCUGGAGAUGUUAGUGACAUUGUGCUGCUCGACGUGACUCCAUUAUCUCUAGGUCUGGAAACCUUAGGUGGUGUCAUGACAAAAAUUAUUACGAGGAACACAACGUUACCCACCUCAAAGUCGGAAGUGUUCUCAACGGCUGCUGAUGGGCAGACAAGUGUGGAGAUUAAUGUUCUCCAAGGGGAGAGAGAAUUUGUUAGGGACAACAAAUCUCUUGGUAGCUUCCGUCUAGAUGGAAUCCCACCUGCCCCUCGCGGAGUUCCUCAAAUUGAAGUCAAGUUUGACAUUGACGCAAAUGGCAUUCUCUCUGUCACUGCAAUUGAUAAAGGCACUGGAAAGAAGCAAGAUAUUACCAUCACUGGUGCUAGUACAUUACCUGGUGAUGAGGUAGAAAGGAUGGUUAAAGAAGCAGAGAGGUAUGCCAAGGAAGACAAGGAGAAGAGAGAUGCAAUCGACACAAAGAACCAGGCGGAUUCAGUUGUUUACCAGACGGAGAAGCAAAUAAAGGAAUUGGGAGACAAAGUUCCAGGUCCCGUGAAGGAGAAGGUCGAGGCAAAACUCGGAGAGCUCAAGGAAGCAAUCUCAGGGGGCUCCACUCAGGCCAUGAAGGACGCCAUGGCUGCCCUAAAUCAGGAAGUCAUGCAACUCGGCCAGUCCCUGUAUAACCAGCCGGGUGCAGCACCCGGUGGUGCGGGGCCCACUCCCGGCGGCAGCACUGGCCCUUCGGAAUCAACCGGAAAAGGGCCCGAGGGGGAUGUCAUUGAUGCAGAUUUCAGUGACAGCAAGUGAGAAAAUGUGAAAAGUUAGUAUGAAGGGUUAGCAAUUUUUUUCCCCACUUCCAGUUUUGUUUCCAACUAGAUGAUUAUUUAAUGACGGUUUUUUGGGAUUUUUUCAGGACUCUUAUUGUACUAGAUUAUUGGGAAAAUUUUAAAUUUUUAGUUGAGGAUUAAA